UUAAAUAAAAUGGUGAUAAACUGCGAUAUCGAAUUUGAUAAUAAUCCGCACGGUGUUUACUUCUCCGGUCAAAAAUUAACGGGCAGGUUUACUCUCAGUGUGAAUAAAGUGAAAAAGAUCAAGGCGGUUGUUUUAAAGGUUCUUGGUUGCGCUAGUACUCAAUGGACUGAAAUCGAUAAAUCUUCCCAAAUAAUUACUUAUCAUGACCAGCGUUUAUACUUAGACACAAAUACUUACCUAUUGCAAGCAGCUGAUGAAAGUGAAAUCAUUACAAUAGAGCCCGGUAUUCAUACAUACAAUUUUACAUGUCACAUACCUAACAAUUGUCCCUCAUCGUUCGAGGGUGCUUACGGCCAUAUACGUUACGUGAUUAAAGUAGUCGUGUUAAGACCUUGGAAAAGGAAUCAGACUUUUAAUAAAGCAUUUACGGUCUUAAAAGUAUUGGAUUUAAAUUAUGAAACGCCAUUGGUGAAAAUGCCGAUAAAUUUGACUUCAGAAAAAUCUCAUCUAUGCAAUUGCAUUAAAGUUCAGCCAUUGAAAAUUGAUUUACAUUUACCUCGUUCCAGUUUUGUUUGUGGUCAGCAAAUACCAAUUGAAAUGUAUCUUAAUCAUCAGGGGGACGUGCCUGUUGGAGAAAUUCAAUUAUGUCUGAUGAUGCUAGUGGAUUAUAUCGCCCAAUAUCCGAAUAAGAAACUACGUAACGAACGAAUUGUUAUAACAAAACUUCGAGAUAAUUUUGAGGCGAAACCAAACCUUCGAACGUUCAAUUAUUUACUGCCUAUAGUAGCCACGCCUCCGAGCUGCCUUUAUACUGCAUGCAAUUUAAUACAAAUCUCGUAUGUUUUGGAAGUGGAAAUUAAAAUUAAAGGCCUGCAAAAGAACCAAUUAUUGCAAGCACCAUUAACGAUUGGUACAGUACCUUUACCGAAUGUAAUACAACAACAGCCGUAUGCUACUGAAAUCCGAGACAUUACUAUUCUACCUUGGUUAUCCAAUCAUGGAAUGCCUCAACCAGAGUAUGUGGAAGCCAAUCAUAUAUUAAAGGUUAAAGUAGGAGAAGACGAAGCGCAGAAAUAUGAAGUCCUUGAAGAAUUUUCUCCUAAAUAUCCAGUAUUCAUUCAUUUUAAGAAUUCAUUAGAAGCGGGUAGCAAUGAGGAAAUGAAUGGCAAGACCCUUGUCGACAAUAAAAGUACUUGGCUUUAGAUAUGGUUGCAUUUUUAAUUGCACUUAUCCCGU